AUGAAUCGACCUCUGGGGUUGGGCGCCAACGUCAACUACAUGAUCUCGUUCGUUCUCUUCUGGGCAGGUUCGCUACCAUUCUUGUGGUUUGCACCGCAGCAAAUGAGGCAUUUGUUCACUGUCAAAGCAUUCGUGGCUCCUGCCGGAGGCAUCGCCCUAUUCGCUUGGUCCAUCGCUCGUGCCGGAGGCGUCGGUCCAAUCGUCCACCAAGGCGCCACUGCAUCCGGAUCUAAACUUGCUUGGGGUAUUGUUGCUGGUAUUAUGUCAGCUAUUAGCAACUUUGCUACACUCAUUGUCAACGAUCCGGACUUUGCACGUUUCGCCAAAACCCCUGGAGCCGCGAUAUGGCCACAAGGUCUGACUAUUCCUCUGGGCUUCGGUCUCACCUCCUUUAUUGGGAUCAUUGCUGGUUCAUCUUCAGCUGUGAUAUACCCAGAUAUUGGCGCGGUUUGGAAUCCUCUCGAUCUGCUUCGCAACUUCGCCAUCGGACGAGUCGGCACAGUUGAUGAGCGUGGAUCUGCAGGAGCUAGAGCCGGUGUUUUCAUCAUUGCGGCAACCUUUGUCGUUGCACAGCUUGGAGUGAAUAUUGCAGCCAACUCAAUCUCGGCAGGUACUGACUUGACGGCUCUACUUCCACGCUACCUCAACAUCCGACGUGGUAGUUACAUCUGCGCAAUUGUCGGCAUUGCAAUCUGCCCAUGGCAAUUCUUAACUUCGUCCUCCAACUUUACGACAUAUCUCUCGGCAUAUAGCGUCUUCCUCAGCUCGAUCGCCGGACCGAUGAUCGCAGAUUACUACUUCGUUCGCAAAGGUUAUCUGCAGAUCCGAGACCUGUACAACGCUGAAAGUUCUGGUCCAUACUUUGGAAUUCUUGGUAUUCAGUGGCGAGGUUGGGUAGCCUACAUUUGUGGCAUCAUCAUCAACGUUGUAGGAUUUGCUGGUGCCGUCGGUACGCCUGUGCCUAUUGGCGCCGAUUACAUCUACAGACUGAACUUCUUCUCUGGCUUCAUUGUCUCUGCUGGAGUAUACUGGCUGCUGGCUAAAUUUUUCCCAAUGCCAGCUCUCAGCCCCACUGGAAGUUGGUUUGAGGUUGGCGAUGAGGUUAGAAACCCGAGCUUGGUAUAUGGUAGUGAUGCUGAUGCGCACGAAGCUCGCGAGCGUAUGGGUUACGCCACUGAAGAAAGUAUGGAGUCUGGGGAGAAAAGAGGUUGGUUUAGGGCUGGCAAGUUUUGA